CUCCCAGGAGAGGCAACAGAAACUCUGAGAUCCACAGCCUGAAAAUUGAUUUGCCUUCCAGACUGAUGGUGGAAGCAUGUUUCCCCUACUUACCCUGCUCCUGGGGGCUAUAUUCUGCCCCCACAUACUCUCUGGAGUCACCGCAGAGCCAGAGACAGUGAACGCAAAAGACCCACACAGCAGGAUCGUGACCAGCACCCACAGUCUAGCUCACAGCAAUACCGACUUCGCCUUCAGCCUCUACAAGCUCUUGGCCACCCAGAAACCUGAGAACAACGUGAUCUUCUCCCCAUUCAGUGUCUCUGCGGCCUUGGCCUUGCUGGCCCUCGGGGCCCGCAGCAACACCAAGACUGAGAUCCUCCAGGGACUCAAGUUCAACCUCACCCAGAUGUCUGAGGCAGAAAUCCACCAGGGCUUCCAGCUGCUGCUGAGCCGCUUGAGCAGGCCAGGGACCCACCUGCAGCUCAACAUGAGCACAGCCAUGUUUGUGGACCAGCAGCUGCACCUACUGGAGAGCUUCCGGCAAGAGGCCCAGACCCUGUAUACAGCCGAUGCCUUUCCCACCAAUUUCCAGGAUCCUGCCACUGCAGAGAAGCUCAUCAAUGACUAUGUGAAGCAGAAAACCCAGGGGAAAAUCCAGGAACUGGUCAAGGACUUAGAUGCAGAGACUGUGAUGGUGUUGGUAAACUGCCUCUUCUUUAAAGCCAAGUGGGAGACGCCCUUCGACCCCCACGACACCUUCACAGCAGAUUUCCACGUGAACGAGAGCAGGGUGGAGAAGGUGCCCAUGAUGAAAGCUGAGGACGUGCAGGUGCUGUACUUCCAGGACGAGGCUCGGGGCAGCACCUUGGUGCAGCUGCCCUACAGGGACAGCCGCGCCUGCGCCCUUUUCAUCCUUCCAGACCAGGGCCGCAUGGCCGAGCUGGAGGCAGCAUUGAACCCUAGCACCUUGCAGCACUGGAGGGACUCGAUGAGCACCAGUAUAAUAGACCUAUUCCUGCCCAAGUUUUCUAUCUCUGGGGACUACAACCUGGAGAAAAACCUGCCUGAUCUGGGCAUCCAUGAGGUCUUCUCCAAUAAGGCGGAUCUCUCAGGCUUAACUAGAGACCAGAGUCUCAACAAAAAACUGCGUGUUUCUCAGGUGGUCCACAAGGCCAGGCUGGAUGUGGCUGAGAAUGGCACAGAAGCAGCAGCUGCUACAAGUAUCCACAUUAUAGCUGAAUCCGGAAGAUGGAACCCAAUAAUUGUGACAUUCAACAGGCCUUUCCUAGUGGCCCUCAUCUCUGAGGACACACAGAGCUUCCUCUUCCUGGGCAAAGUAGCCAACCCCAUGGCAGCCUGAGAUCCUCAUAACAGGGCAGGCCUGAGGAAUCAGCUCUGCCUCAGGAACCCACAUGCCUGGUCCUCCCCACCCCACCCCCAUGUCUCUGCCCUGGUGUCUGUACCUUACAGAGGGCAUUAGUGAUAGCAAUAAAGACCUUCAGUAGUA